ACCUAUUUUGACAAAGAGGCAAUAAGGUUAUGUUUGGUUUUGGAAUCAAAACAAAUUUAGCCAAUUUAUGCUAAAAGAAACAAAACUUACGAACCCUGAUUGCGAAUAAUUAUUAAUUAAUAAUAUGUCUGAUCAAAGUUGGACUGCUUCCUUAGAAGUAUGUACAUAUACCGGAAUAGGUUUUUCUUUGAAUCAAGUCUACAGAAAUUCGCAAGAAGAGCAUUAUUAUGAAGAUUACAAAUGUUACCAUAAAUUCAGACCAAAUUUUUAUUAUUAUGCUAUAUUUGAUGGACAUGCUGGUAGUGAAAUUGCCAAAUUUUGUUCAGAUAAAUUAACUGCCGAACUUUAUUUCGCACAAAUUAAAGACGAUGCUACUGAUGAUGCAGUUCGGAAGAUUUUGAGAGAGGUCUUUUUUCUGGUAGAAAAAGAAUAUAUGGAAUAUGUUGGUUCACUUGCCGCUGAAAGAACAAUACUCUUGGAAGAUAUCAAAGGACUCACACCUACUGAAACCAAUAAAGAAUUUCCAGGAGUUCUAGAAAAAUUGAAGCAAAUCAACAAUAAAUUAUCUUCAGGAACAGCUUGUGCUGUUGCCUUGAUACUGAACAAUAAACUUUAUGUUGCUAAUGUUGGAAACUGCCGGGUUCUUCUAUGUCAAACUGAUGAAAAUGAUGUAAUGAAAGUUGUAGAAUUAAGUGUGGAACAUAAUCUCAACAACCAAGAUGAAUUGUUGAGAUUAUCUCAGUUAGGAAUUAAAGUGGAUAUAUUAAAAAAUGCAUCUACUUUGGGUAAUCAAGAAAAUACAAGAUGUUUGGGUAACUAUAUGAUUAAAGGAUGUUACAAAGAAUUUAAGGAUUUAGAGACUGCAAUACAGGAACCAAUUACAGCUGAGCCUGAUAUCAAUGGUGGCAUCUCAUUGGAUGAAUCAUGUAAAUUUUUGCUUUUGAUGUCUUCUGGUUUAUUGAAAACUGUAGGGGAAGUGGUGACAGCUGAACAAGUGAAUAAAUAUAUUGCUCAAUGUGUUGUUGAGCAGUUCAGGGAGCAAACGAAUUUGAACAGAGUUGCACAAGGCGUUAUUGAUAAAAUAGUUCGUAUUCACCAAGACCAUUACAUGACGGACCCUUCUAAAUUGAAAAACAGGGAAGAUAUUACCCUUAUGGUCCGAAAUUUCAAUUUCCCACUUCACAGUGAUACCAGUUAUUCUACUUAUAAUGCCGUUACUGCCUCUCACAACUUCAGUUCUACUAGCAGUUCUGGCCCAAUGAAUACCCUACAAAUGAAUGGUUUAGGUCCAGAUCAAAAAAUUAAGGCAUAUGUGGACUUCAACGAUUUUUAUGUUUGCUUAGAGAAAGCCAAAAAGGAGGGCAGGUGUCCAGAAUGGAUGAAGGAUUUGUAAGAUUUUAAGUUGAAGUUUUGUUUGUUAACAUGUAUUUGUUUUAUUGAAGCAAAGGUUUUUAUUAUACUUUUUGAAAUGUA